AUGCCCCCGGGCAUCCCGCAAUCCACAGCGUCCACGCGCAACGUCCCCCGCUCGGACGACCCCCUCUCGCCCUCGUUCGACCCGACCCCGCCGACGCCCGCGGCCCACAUCGCCCCGAUCCAGCAGCUCUACCCCCUCGCGGACGCCACGGCGACGCCGUUCGCCACACACGCGCUGCACCCCCAGACGCCUGGCUACGCGGGCGCGGACGCCACGAACGCACUGUGGGCACACCGGCUCUCCGUGUCGCUCGGGGCGAUCGCGGAGCAGAUCGCGCAGGCGGGCAAGGCUCUCGCCAACCGCGCCGCGCCGCGCCGCGAGAGCUGGGCGGAGGUGGCCGCGCUCGUGGCGAGAAUGGAGAUCAUGGAGCGCGCGCAGGAGCACCUCGCGCGGAGGGUGCAGGUGGCCGAGUUGCAGAUGGCGCCCUCGAUCUGGAUGGGGGCGGUCCCGGUGGCCGUCGAUGCCCAUGGAAGCUCGGGGUCGAGGCGGACGCGCGGAGGCCAGGCGGAUGCCCUUGUGGCCGACGACGGGAGUGGGGAAGCGCCGCGGCUCAAAAGCGCGACGGAGACCGUAGUUGAGGAGCUGCAGCAGAAGGUAGAGGGAAUUAUCGAGAUGAUGACGCUCGAUCAGUCCCGCCUGUAUGCGCGCCUGCACAACGCGACGAUCACGUCGAACAAGAUGACCAUCAUGGCUCCCGCGACGGCCGCGGGUAAGGCGCCGCCGACCUUUCCGGCGACCAAGGGCGAGUUUGAGCAUCUGACGAAGGAGCGGUACGAGGCGAUCCUCGAGGCGUACAACGUCCAGGCCAAGGGCGACACUCCCGCGCUACGUGAGACGCUGCGCGAGUUCAUUGGUCUCACGCCCGCCGCACACCGCUGA